UCGCUAGACGACGGUCUGCAGCUGAGCCGAUGGACCAAUACUGCAUCCUGGGCCGCAUCGGCGAGGGCGCGCAUGGCAUCGUCUUCAAGGCCAAGCACGUCGAGACCGGAGAGAUCGUGGCCCUCAAGAAGGUCGCCCUGCGGAGGCUGGAAGACGGGAUCCCCAACCAGGCGCUGCGGGAGAUCAAGGCCCUGCAGGAGAUGGAAGACAACCAGUAUGUGGUACAGCUGAAGGCCGUGUUCCCACAUGGUGCAGGCUUUGUCCUGGCCUUUGAGUUCAUGCUUUCGGAUCUGGCUGAAGUGGUGCGCCAUGCCCAGAGGCCACUGACUCAAGCUCAGGUCAAGAGCUACCUGCAGAUGCUGCUCAAGGGUAUUGCCUUCUGCCAUGCCAACAAUAUUGUGCAUCGGGACCUGAAACCAGCCAACCUGCUUAUCAGUGCCUCUGGCCAGCUCAAGAUUGCAGACUUUGGCCUGGCCCGGGUUUUUUCCCCUGAUGGCAACCGCCUCUACACACACCAGGUGGCUACUAGGUGGUACCGAGCCCCUGAACUGCUGUAUGGUGCCCGCCAGUAUGACGAGGGUGUUGACUUGUGGGCUGUGGGCUGCAUCCUGGGGGAGCUGUUGAAUGGAUCACCCCUUUUUCCUGGGGAGAAUGACAUCGAACAGCUUUGCUGUGUGCUGCGUGUCUUGGGCACCCCUAAUCCUCAAGUUUGGCCGGAGAUCACAGAGUUACCUGACUACAACAAGAUUUCCUUCAAGGAACAGGCACCUCUGCCCCUGGAGGAGGUGUUGCCCGAUGCUUCUCCUCAGGCCUUGGACCUGCUGGGGCACUUUCUCCUCUACCCUCCACAUAAGCGCAUUGCUGCCUCGCAGGCCCUCCUGCACCAGUACUUCUUCACAGCCCCGCUGCCUGCCCACCCCUCAGAGCUGCCGAUCCCUCAGCGCCCAGGAGGCGCUGCACUCAAGGCCCAUCCAGGCCCACCCCAUGUCCAUGAUUUCCACGUAGACCGGCCCCUGGAGGAGUCACUCUUGAACCCAGAACUUAUUCGUCCCUUCAUCCCAGAAGGAUGAGCUGUGGGCCAAGACCAUGAGGACGCUUCCUCUGCUUUGCCUAAAGGAUCUUCCCUGGCUUCUCUGCUGCCACACUCACUUUCUCUGUCAUUGCACCUGGUCCCAGCCAGGUGGACAUCCAGUUGCAGCAGAACAGCCCACUCAAAGCCACAUGUCUGCCACUGUCUAUCAGAAAGAGUAUGCAUUGCUUGGGAAAGCUGUCCAUAUGCUCAGUGAGGCCCAUCUAGAGCUGGUUCUCUUAAGUGCUGCUCUCCUACUCAGGGCCAGUCCUACUGGAGCUAUGGGGUUCUGGAGUUGGUGGGUAGCACAGAGUGUCCUGUUAACAGUGCAAGCAAGAAAAUAGGGUUGGUAGAGAUAACACUAAAUUCAGUUUUGAGGUUAUAAAUCCCCUAUGUAAUUCUGCCUAGUGUUCCUGUCAGGAAAUUGGUUCCAUUCGCAGCUACUGUAGUUCUGGGGGCUUCAUAGGCUAGAGCUAGCUUUGGAGGUGGCAGAAAGAAGCUUGCUAAGGCCUAGUAAGACUCAGGUUGGAGAUAUUUACCAACAUAUGCACCCCCAAGUUAUUCCAGGUUUAGAUAUUUCUGUCUUGACAGAAGUUCCAGGCUGAAAAAGAGACAGGCAUUCCUGAAACUUCAUUGUGAAGUCUGUGUAUCACAGCACAGUCUCAGUCAGCUCUAAUUUUAGAAAUGGAUUCUAAAAUCCAUUUAGGAAUGCAGAGAUGAGCUGGAGCAGUGUCUCACCCUAUCAGGCACAAAUACUAAAAUUACAGAGACAGUGCAUGUUGGCUUAGAGAUAGAGAAACCAGAGAAAUCAGCUCUUAGAUAUCUUUUUUUUCUUUUUUUUUUUUUUGGAUUUUUUUGGCCACACCUGGGUUACUCCUGGCCAUGCGCUCAGAAAUUUCUCCUGGCUUGGGGGACCAUAUGGGAUGCUGGGGGAUUAGACCACAGUCUGUCCUGGGUCAGCCGUGUGCAAGGCAUAUGCCCUAUCGCUGCACCAUUGUUCCAGCCCCAAGAUAUCUUUUAUCAAAGUACAUUUUGUGUCUCAUAGAUAAAGAUAUAUAAGCUCUGAGGACACAAGCUACUGACACUUUUUCUCUCUCUCUCUCUCUUUUUUUGUUU